UUUCUUGCUGUUUACAUUACAGGCAAAUCACAUGACGUAUGAUUGAACUGUUUUAGAUGUGAGACAUUCAUCAGCGUUUGUCAUAGUCAUGAGAAAGUAUAAACAAGAGGAUAACUAUGACAUGAAAUAAGAGACUGUUACAUGUGUCACAUGUCAUGUCAACAGGCAAUCUGAUUGGUCCAUCAUGUGGACAUGGGCGCUACUUCCUGUUAUCCUGGCAGUGUUUGGCACUCUAGGCAUUUGGACUGUGUUUGGUUUAGCUGUGUCUAAUGAGACCGUGAAUCUGACAGUCGAGUUCCCAUACAUCAGCACAUGUGGCACAUAUAACCCUCAGAGCUGUCUCUUCUCCCAGAUAUGCAACAUCUGUUCUGUGCUAGCUCUGUGGAUUGUGAUUAUAAGGUUCCAGCAGGUGAGGGAUUUGAACUGUGCAUCACGUGUGAACACAGCCAGUCUGGUUCUGGGGUUCAUUUCAUCUAUAGGAAUCUCCAUCCUGGGAAACUUUCAGCAAUCAGUGGUGAUGGGCGCUCACUUGUUGGGUGCGUUCCUGGCAUUUUUUGUGGGUCUGGCAUACUUCUGGCUUCAAGUGUGGCUCACUUAUCGUGCAAAACCAUCACAGGACAAGAAGUGGGCGGGGCCUGCACGGAUUCUUUGCUGCAGUCUUUGCACUUGUUUGGUUUUUGCCAUGUCUGCGCUCCAUAAUACAGGCUACCGAUCUGCAGCUGCCAUGUGUGAGUGGGCUUUGGUCAUGUGCUUCUUCAUGUUGUUCGGCAUUUUCUCUGCAGAGUUUCGCCACAUCGACUUCCAUGAACUACAUGUACAGAACGAGAAGCUCAGCACAAGUAGCCUUGAGUAACACGGUGGCACUGACAGAACACUUAAAGUGCACCUAUUAUGGUUUUUCAGAUAUUACUGUGUUACAGCUGUUUGUGAAUGUUAAAACUCUGCAAAGAUUCAAAAAUCAAAUCGCACGACAAACGGAGUCAGUGACUCCCAAAAGAAGGAACCGAUUCU